GGUGAAGUUAUACUUCCUGUGUGCUUGUGAGCACGGGUUGUACGACGAGCUGCCGCAGGGACAGCACUUCCUCUUUUCACACGGCCUUCGUUUGUUCGGCAUCAUGCCUCCAAAGGAUGACAAGAAGAAGAAGGAUGCGGGGAAGUCCAAGAAGGACAAGGACCCGGUGAACAAGUCUGGUGGAAAAGCCAAGAAGAAGAAGUGGUCCAAAGGGAAGGUGAGGGACAAGCUCAACAACCUGGUGCUCUUCGACAAGGCCACCUAUGACAAGCUGUACAAGGAGGUGCCCAACUACAAGCUCAUCACGCCGGCCGUUGUGUCUGAGAGGCUGAAGAUCCGUGGCUCACUUGCCCGGGCUGCCCUCCAGGAGCUGCUUUCCAAAGGCAUGAUCAAACUGGUGUCGAAGCACAGAGCACAGAUCAUCUACACGCGAAACACCAAGGGUGGCGAUGAAGUUGCUGAGAAAGAGGCGUAGAAGGUGGUGCAUUUUUCAUUGUAGGCUUCGAAGAUCAGCCAACUUUGUAAAAUAUUAAAUAAAUUUGUGGAGAAUGUU